AUGACCAAACCAGGUAAGUCUUCAUUCGUUGCAGUGGAGAGCGUUUCAUAUGAAGUUGCAGAAUAUAAUAAUGAUCCUUCGUUCGAAAUUGCUUGGGCUGUUAAGGCUGCUGAAAGAGCGAAUAUUCAUAUGAGCCUGCUGCUCAUUUGCAAUACCAAGGAAUUAACGAUACAUAAAAAAUUUAGUGUCAUUUAUGAUAAAUUUCGAGAGAUCUUCCCGGAAAUGAAUGUUGAGAAGGUAACAGAAAUAGAAUUAAAGGGUGAAAAUAAUCAACAAUGGUUUAUAUUUUGCGAGUAUUUUAAAGAAGUAGAAGAUUAUAAUAUUGCUACAAUCAUGAGGAUACGAGUCGAUGGUGCCUAUAUCGAAUCAAAUACAAUUAUUGUUCCUAAGAUAAUUUUUCUGGCUGUGAAGGUUGCACGAAACAAAGAAGGUUUGAAUGAAAACUGUAAGAAAAGCUUUAAAAUGGAUUAUGAAAGAAUCAGGCGUGAAGGGGAAUAUUUGUUAGAGGUUGCUAAGUAUUGUUGUACUGUAUUAUUCAUCGUUCGUGCUUAA